CUCUCUCUGAAUUUCUUGACAAUAAAACAAUACAUAUCCCAGUGGAGAAGCUAAGAACACAGCUUCCACUAUUACUCCAAUGGAUUCUCUGAUCUUCCCCAACAAUAAAAUUUCUUCAUUUCUCUGUUUUUGUUCCUUAAUCAUUCCGUAUCUUAGCCUCAUAGAAGCUCAAGCAAGCCUUUGUAGAACCACCUGUGGUGAGAUCCCUAUAAACUACCCCUUUGGGAUCGACGAUGGAUGUGGCAGUCCUUAUUACCGACACAUGCUUGUUUGUUCCGACCUCGGUAAGCUUCAGCUCCGUACGCCUUCCGGUCGGUACCCUGUCCGCAGCAUUAGUUACUCCGAUCCUCAUAUCCUCGUCACCGAUCCAUUGAUGUGGAAUUGUCAGGACGGCGAUAACUUCCGUCCCACUAGACCUUUUAGCCUCGAUACCAGCACGCCCUUCACGCUUUCCUCUCAAAACGAUUACCUCUUCUUCAACUGCAGCAAGGAUUACGUGAUCGUUGAGCCAAAGCCUAUCUUCUGCGAGAGAUUCCCGGACCGCUGCGAUUCGUCAUGCGAUAGCGCUAGUUAUCUUUGCAGGCAUUUACCUGAAUGUGCCACUGCACUUAGUAGUAGUUCUUGCUGCUCGUACUACCCGAAAGCAACCGAGUCCCUAAGGCUGAUGCUGCGGUAUUGCGCCUCGUAUACGAGUGUGUACUGGAAAUCUGUUGGAUCAACCACUGAUUCUCCUUAUAGCCAGGUACCCGAAUACGGGAUCCGGGUCGAUUUUGAUGUUCCGGUUACUACACACUGCCUCCAGUGUCAGGAUCCAUCGAAGGGUGCUGGAAUAUGUGGAUUCGAUACACAAACACACAACUUCCUUUGUCUAUGUAAGGAGGGAAACGUCACCUCCUAUUGUAAAGAUCAUGACAUUUCAAGUCACAAAAGGGCAGGAGUCAUUGCAGGGACUGUAACCGGAGUUUCAGCGGCUGGGGUCAUAGGAAUCGGGGUAGGUGUGUGGGUGUUGAAGAAAGUGAGAGCUAAAGCGCCUGUAACAUGUGGGGUUCAAAGCAAUGAGAAUAGGGUUUUCUGAACAAAGUUUAGUGAGCAGUGUGUGCAAAGUUAAAGCAACUGCAAACUUGUUUCUUUUUCUUAUUUUCUUAAUCAUUCCCAACUGUGUAGGCCAAACAUCCCUAAUGGAUUUU